UGACAGGCUAGCUUCGUUUGUGGAGUAGAUGAGAAGAUUGGCUGAUUUCAAGUCGUCUAACCUGUAAUUUACUGCUUGGUUUUAAAUCAGUAAAUUUGUCUGCUGUUGUUAACACUCCGUUAUUCCAACAUGCUGCAGUUCCUGGCUGGCUUCACCCUGGGGAAUGUUGUGGGAAUGUACCUCGCUCAAAACUACGAUGUUCCCAACAUAGCCAAGAAAUUUGAGGCUUUCAAGAAAGAUGUGGAAGCCAAGAAGAAGCCCCCAGAGUAAAAGAAGAGCGACCAUGUUGCCCACAAGAAUAAAAAGACUCUGAAGAGAAAUUAUUUAUUUUACAGGGUGAUGCUAUGAUGAUGUACAUUUGAUAAAAGGAUUGAUAAUGUAAAAUAUGUAUGGGAAUAUUAACAGUGCCUGGAACAGUAUUUGUUUCUUCUUUUAGAUUUAUAGGCAUGUUCUCAUUGUAGCCUAUUUUUAUAAGAAGCAAAGUGUAAAGACUGGAUUUAAAGGACAUUUAAACUACCUUGUGGGAUCACUUUUAAGUCCAGUGUCAUGGCACUGUUGGCUCGCCUUUUCUAGGAUGCACUGUGGUGUUUAAACUCAUACAGGACAUUCAUCUCCACAUUAGGUUUGCCUAAAGUGAAUAUGAAUACAGUAAGCAGGUACAUCGUAUUCCAGAGUUUAAUGAUUUUCCUUCCCAAGCUUCCUAAUUGUUAAUAACUGCCAAACUGUUUAUGAUAUUGGUGCAUACAUAUACAAUUCUGAUGUUUUCAGCUUCCAAUAAAGUUGCUGAUGAUGAA